AUGAUAUUGUCGAGUGUCUCCGCCACCUGCCACCGUCGGGGAAAGGACCCUGCCGCUUACGUUCUUCGACAUGUUAUGGAUACCCUUCUUCCCUAUCCACCAGGCAACUUAAUUUUGUUUCCUGAACCAAAUUCGGAAAGAAAACCCGAAAUCCGUCAUGUAGAGGGUGACUCUGUUUCGGUUACCUUUGUGGAGUGUGAUCUUGAUUUCAACGAUCUUACAGGCUAUCAUCCUCGUAACUGCGACAUGUUUUAUCCACUUGUACCUCUAUUAGGACGUGCCACAAAAGUAUCCGACUAUCUUUCUGUCCCUCUUUUUUCUGUCCAAGUUACACUUUUUCCUAACUCCGGCAUCUCUAUUGGGCUCACCAACCACCACUCCCUUUGUGAUGCGAGCACAAGGUAUAAUUUCCUCAAGGCGUGGAGCUCGAUUGCUAAACAUGGUACAGAUGAGUUCUUCUUAGCCAAUAAAUCUUUACCGUUUUACGAAAGAGUGAUUAAAUACCCGAGCUCCUUAGAUGAACUCUGCUUAAAUAUACCGGGGAUUCCAGCUAUUACUAUGGAAUACCAGCCUCCUCACCUUGUUAGCCCUACAGAUAAAGCUAGAGCCACCAUUGUAUUGACCCAAGAACACAUCAAUCGGCUUAAGAAAUGGGUAUCCACUCAACUGCCAACACUGGAAUACGUAUCAUCUUUUUCGGUGGCAUGUGCUUACAUGUGGCGUUGCAUGGCCAAAUCACAUGUUCUUAUUGGAGAAAGGAAUGGAGACGAUGAUCUAGAAAGGUUUGUUUGUGCUGUGGAUUGGAGGUCGCGCCUCGAUCCACCAGUUCCUCCAACUUAUUUUGGUAAUUGUGUAGGGGCGUCUAUCACACCAACUAUAAAAAGCACAAUCUUAGCAGGCGACAAUGGAUUUCUUACUGCUGCUGAAUUAUUUGGAAAGGUUUUAAGUGAAACACUAAAGAAGAAGAAUGGAGUGAUUGUAGAUGGGGAAACGGUUAUCAAGACAGCCUUUUUGCCAAUUCCGGGGCUUAGUGUGUCAGGGACACCAAGGACCAAGAUUUACGAUGUGGAUUUUGGAUGGGGGAAGCCUAAAAAGCAUGAGACCAUAUCAAUAGAUUACAAUAGUUCGAUUUCUGUUAAUGCUUCCAAAGAGUCACAUGCUGAUAUUGAAAUCGGAGUGUCUCUUCCUGCUAAACAACUGGAUACGUUUUUGUCCAUCUUUAGCGAAGAAUUGGAGAGUUUUUGUUAA